GUAAAUGAUUGUAAUUAAUAAAUUAUGCUAAGGUUCUUCUGAGGAUUAAAUACAACUCUUGCCUGGGUGAUAGGCAUCUACACCUUUGUUCAUUCAAUCUGUAUGGUGACAAGAAUGGUCAUCCAGAAUAAAUUGAGAAAACCUCUAGAAAUCCAACAUAGAUAUAGGAAAGGUUCCUGGGCAAUAGUCACUGGAGCCCUGGCGGAAUUGGAGAGGCCUACUGUAUCCAACUUGCAAAGUUAAACUUCAACAUUGUUAUGAUCGGCAGAAGCAAAGAUAAACUCGAGAAGUCUGAGAAGAGAGUGCAGGAAGCUAACAAGAGUAUCCAGAUAAAGAUUUUAGUAGUAGAUUUAGCAGAAACUAUAGAUGUUGGGUUUUAUAACGAUGUUUCUGAGAAGAUCAAGAACCUCGAUGUCUCUAUUUUAGUAAACAACGCUGGGUGGGGUGAGGCUUGCCAUUUUGAUGAUAUAACACUAGAUUGGCACCUAUCUAAUCUGAGAGUUAAUUCUGGAGCUCCCAUAAUGCUGACCUAUAAAUUAAUAAAUCAUUUCCUUGCUAGAAAAUCUAAAAGUGCUAUUGUUAAUGUUUCUUCUGCCACUCAAGAUGCUCCAAUUCCUUUCAUGGGAGUUUAUCCUGGUUCAAAACGUUAUUUAGCAAUACUCUCAUAUUAUCUAAAAGAUAACUAUGGAGAUAAAAUAGAUAUUCAAGAUCUCACCCCAGGAUUUGUAACCACUAAGAUAGUAAAUCAUUACGAAGGUAGGGAUUCUAUCUCUCCAGAGAAAUGUGUACAAUGCAGUAUCAGAGACCUCGGUCAGGAGUUUACAUGCAUGCCAGUACCUGCUCAUAGCUUUGCUAUCCAGCUAUUCCAUACUCUCUACCGCUUCUGCCAUCUUCUAUUUAAGAUAUUGAUAUCAAAAGAAGAGCGAAAAGAACUCUCUCAAUAAAUUUUAUAGGAAUACCAAAGCUCAGUCCUAACUCCUCACAAAAAGGCCAUGCUUAAAUCCAAUUUUUUGUU